CGCGCGCGUGUGCGUGUGGCGCGUGUGCGCCCCCGGUCCCUUCCAUCUGAACCCGGUCUUGGAUGUUUAAUAAAGAAAUCAAGUGUCUCACCAGUCACAAAAAAAAAAAAAAAAAAAAAAAAAAAAAGCGCAAAAACAACAACAAAAAAAAUUCCAAAAGCAAAAAACAAAAAGAGAGAGGAGAGAGAGAGGAAAAAAACAAAACAAAACAAACAAACAAGGCAGAGCCAACCUCCACUUCAAACCAGCCGGCACAAGCCACCGUGUCUGCCACCCAGAGAGGGGGGUCUCUGGCCCGUGGUGGAGGAGUUACUGGGGGGAUCGUCAGGGGGACAGAGGCCGAGUGACGUCCUAGGAGCCACCGGGCAAGAGGCGGAGGAGACCCAGAGAGGCGAGAGAGACAGCGGGCCCCCGCGCGCGGCUCGGGGCUGGGGCGCCAGAAGUGGGACUGGAGCGAAGUAGAGCGAUAUGCCAAGGCGGAAACAGCAGGCACCCCGGCGGGCGGCAGGCUACGCCCAGGAGGAACAGCUAAAGGAAGAGGAGGAGAUUAAAGAGGAAGAGGAGGAGGAGGAGGACAGCGGUUCAGUAGCUCAGCUUCAGGGAAGCAAUGACACGGGGACAGACGAGGAGCUAGAAACGGGCCCAGAGCAGAAAGGCUACUUCAGCUGCCAGAACUCUCCUGGAAGUCAUUUGUCCAAUCAGGACGCAGAGAACGAGUCUCUGCUGAGUGAUGCCAGCGACCAGGUGUCAGACAUCAAGAGCGUGUGCGGCCGAGAUGCCCCGGACAAGAAAGCGAACGCUCACCCCAAGCUUCCAAGCGAGGCACACAAUUGCAUGGAUAAAAUGACCGCCGUGUACGCCAACAUCCUGUCGGACUCCUACUGGUCUGGCCUGGGCCUCGGCUUCAAGCUCUCCAACAGCGAGAGGCGCAGUUGUGACACCCGCAAUGGCAGCAACAAGAGUGAUUUUGAUUGGCACCAAGAUGCUCUGUCCAAAAGCCUGCAGCAAAACUUGCCUUCCAGGUCGGUCUCGAAGCCCAGCCUGUUCAGCUCCGUGCAGCUGUACCGGCAGAGCAGCAAGAUGUGCGGGACUGUGUUCACCGGGGCCAGCAGGUUCCGCUGCCGGCAGUGCAGUGCUGCCUACGACACCCUGGUUGAGUUGACUGUGCACAUGAAUGAGACGGGCCACUAUCAAGAUGACAACCGCAAAAAGGACAAGCUUAGACCCACGAGCUAUUCGAAGCCCCGGAAACGGGCUUUUCAGGAUAUGGAUAAGGAGGAUGCUCAAAAGGUUCUGAAAUGCAUGUUCUGUGGUGACUCCUUCGAUUCCCUCCAAGAUUUGAGUGUCCAUAUGAUAAAGACAAAACAUUACCAAAAAGUGCCUUUGAAGGAGCCAGUGCCAACCAUUUCAUCAAAAAUGGUCACUCCGGCCAAGAAGCGUGUGUUCGAUGUCAAUCGGCCUUGUUCCCCCGAUUCCACCACCGGAUCAUUUGCAGAUUCGUUUCCUUCUCAGAAGACCGCCGCCAGCUUGCAGCUGUCCUCCAACAACCGCUAUGGCUACCAAAAUGGCGCCAGCUACACCUGGCAGUUCGAGGCCUGCAAGUCCCAGAUCCUCAAGUGCAUGGAGUGUGGGAGCUCCCACGACACCUUGCAGCAGCUCACCACCCACAUGAUGGUCACAGGCCACUUCCUCAAGGUCACCAGCUCUGCCUCCAAGAAAGGGAAGCAGCUGGUGUUGGACCCACUCGCGGUGGAGAAAAUGCAGUCCUUGUCAGAGACCCCAAACAGUGACUCUCUGGCUCCCAAGCCAUCGAGCAACUCAGCAUCCGACUGUACAGCCUCGACCACGGAGUUAAAGAAAGAGAGCAAAAAAGACAAGCCAGAGGAAGCCAACAAGGGUGAAAAGGUCGUGAAAAGUGAGGACUAUGAAGACCCUCUCCAAAAGCCUUUGGACCCCACCAUGAAGUACCAGUACCUGAGGGAGGAGGAUUUGGAAGACGGCGCCAAGGGCGGAGGGGACAUCCUGAAGUCUCUGGAAAAUACUGUAACCACAGCGAUCCACAAAGCCCAGAAUGGCGCCCCCAGCUGGAGCGCGUACCCCAGCAUCCACGCGGCCUACCAACUGCCAGAGGGUGCCAAACCGCCUUUGCCCGUGGGAUCCCAGGUACUGCAGAUCCGACCUAAUCUCGCCAACAAGUUGAGGCCCAUCGCUCCAAAAUGGAAAGUCAUGCCACUGGUGUCUGUGCCCCCAAACCUGGCCCCGUACACUCAAGUCAAAAAGGAGUCGGAAGACAAAGACGAAGUCGUGAAGGAGAGUGGGAAGGAAAGUCCCCAGGAAGAGGCAUCGUCCUUCAGCCACAGUGAGAAGGAGCCCUUCCCCAAAAGUGAACCGCCUUUGGAAUCCAGAAAGGCGGAGCCGUGUCCCCUGAAGGAGGAGGACAAGCUGAUGAAGGAGAGCUGUGAGAAAGAGAAGCCGCAGCCCGUGGAGCCCGUGUCUUCUCUUAGCAACGGAUGCGCCCUCGCCAACCACACGCCGGCCCUGCCGUGCAUCAACCCACUCAGCGCACUACAGUCCGUCUUGAACAAUCACCUGGGCAAGGCCACCGAGCCCUUGCGCUCACCUUCCUGCUCCAGCCCAAGCUCAAGCACAAUUUCUCUGUUCCACAAGUCAAAUCUCAGCGUUGUGGACAAGCCGGUUUUGAGCCCUGCCGCCUCCAGACCGGCCAGUGUGUCCAGGCGCUACCUGUUUGAGAACAAUGACCAACCCAUCGACCUGACCAAGUCCAAAAGCAAGAAGGCCGAGUCCUCGCAAGCACAAUCCUGUACGUCCCCACCUCAGAAGCACGCUCUGUCUGACAUCGCCGACAUGGUCAAAGUCCUCCCCAAAGCCACCACCCCCAAGCCUGCCACCUCCUCAAGGGUCCCUCCUAUGAAGCUGGAAAUGGAUGUCAGGCGCUUCGAGGACGUGUCCAAUGAAGUCUCAACUUUGCAUAAAAGAAAAGGUCGGCAGUCCAACUGGAACCCCCAGCACCUCCUGAUUUUGCAGGCACAGUUCGCCUCGAGCCUCUUCCAAACAUCAGAGGGCAAAUACCUGCUGUCUGACCUGGGCCCGCAAGAGCGCAUGCAGAUCUCAAAGUUUACGGGACUCUCCAUGACCACCAUCAGCCACUGGCUGGCAAACGUCAAGUACCAGCUUAGGAAAACAGGCGGGACGAAGUUUCUGAAAAACAUGGACAAAGGACACCCCAUCUUCUAUUGCAGUGACUGUGCCUCCCAGUUCAGAACCCCUUCCACCUACAUCAGUCACUUGGAGUCUCACCUGGGCUUCCAAAUGAAGGACAUGACCCGCAUGGCCGCGGACCAGCAAAGCAAGGUGGAACAGGAGCUCUCUCGGGUGUCGUCGGCUCAGAGGUCUCCGGAAACAAUAGCUGGCGAAGAGGAUUCAGACUCUAAAUUCAAGUGUAAGUUGUGCUGUCGGACAUUUGUGAGCAAACAUGCAGUAAAACUCCACCUAAGCAAAACGCACAGCAAGUCACCCGAACACCAUUCACAGUUUGUAACAGACGUGGAUGAAGAAUAGCUCUGCAGGACAAAUGCCUUAGUCUCCGCUUUCCAGCCUGGACCCCCACACUGAGCCCUUCUUCAGCCCACCACCCUGCCCGCUGCGGGCACUGAACUCACUGACCUCCUGACACCCUGCACCAAGAAGACCGCCAAAAAAAAAAAAAAAAAAAUCACCCCGCUUCUCUCUCCAUCCUCACUAACAAUUUGGUAAUGAAGUAUUGAUUUCCACUUCUCCGCUGAUGGACGAUAUUAGAUUUUCAUUGAUAAACUGCAUCGGGCUGUCUCGUCUCCACGGUCCCCUUUUCACGGUCACAAGGAAACAAAGUGCCACUGAAGAAAAAUAAUGACUGGGAACACUGAUGCGCUUAUUCUGUCAGUUUGUAACAGGAAAGGGAGGGGUAGUCCUCGCCGUCCAACGUCCGAGGGGGCCGCCCGAGAUGCGGACACUUGGAAGGCUGCUUUGGGUGGUGAUGUCCGUUUCCUAUUUAUAACCCCUCUGGGAACGUUUGUCUAAAGGAAAUGUUUCUGUUCAGUGUAACAAUUACGGUUGCACCUGGAUUGCCCAGGCCUGCCCCUGCGCUAGGGAGCCAUUAAUCACUGCAAAGGAGAAGAAUUAUUAAGUUAAGGCCAGAGCUGGAGCCAAGAAAGCCUCCGAACGAUGUUCGUCUUCUGUGAAAGUUGUGCAAAUAGUUAGCCUUAGCCGUGCUGCUGCCAAGGACUUUUUCCCAUGCAGCGGUAGGCAUCUUUAUCAUGGUCAUUAUCUGGACUGCUUUAAAACCUAGUUCUGAGCCCGCAGCCCUGUCACUUGAGACCUGCAGAUUGGGAGAAGGGGCGAGAUGUAGAAUCUGAGAAAAGCAAGAAGAUGAGAUCAUGGCAGGGUGGAAAGUUCAGCAGCGGCCUUUUCUGGUAAUCCCUUCUUGCAGGACUGGUUGUUUAUGGGCUCUGGAACACAGCUGAGCUUUAGGACCAACAGAAAGCGUGAAAUAGGGUGUCCAUUUUAAAUGUGUUCCUGCAACUUUUUUCAUUAAAACUUUAAGGGCCCAAUUUUAAUUUGUGGAAUAUUCCCGUUAAUAAUGAGAUCUAAUUAAGACAUCCAUUAAAAGCCCGUUAAAGUUAAUUUAACGUAAAAAUUCCAAUAGAACUGUAUUAGAUUUUCUCCAUUAAAUUAACGUUAUGGAUUUUUAACGGAUGUCUUAAUUAUACGUUAUUAUUAACGGGAAUACUGUAUUACACAGAUUAAAAUCAGGUCCUAAGUCAACUUGGAAAGCUAGGAGCAUGUUUUAAUAUUAAAAGUCUUGCAUACCUAGCGUGCAGUUUGGAAGGGGUAGAUCUGUUUAUUCUAUACAAUGGAAAGCAACCUAUAAUAGAUGUAUCCAUCAAUGCAUUUAAACAAUGAAUUUUCUUAUUCUCAAAGGACAAAUAAAUAUGGAUCAUGUUGUAAACUGCUACUCAGCUAUAGGUGAAAUAUUAAGCUACUCUAGGCAUAACACAAGAAACUAGAUGAUUCUGAAACAAAUGAAAUAUUAUGUGUUGUUGUUUUAAUUACCAAGUUUAUCAACAACAGCAGCAACUCAACACUGACAAAAUGAAGCCAGAUAUAGCCUCUUCACCAUUUCUCAUAGAAGCUGCCUAUUGGAAUUGUUUUGGAAAUUUUGCCAUGAUCCCUAAAUUCAACAUGGGAUUAAAAAAAAGGGGGGGAAAAAACUUCUUAUUUACCUCCUAGGGAAAGUGUUGCCCUUAUGCCACAUAUAAUAGCAAAUUGCUUUUUUUAUGGCAUGCAUAACCUAGAUGGGAAAAAUAUGGCGCUUCAGGGAAGGAGGGAAAAAGUAAAUGAAGUUCCAGGAAUGUCAUUCUGAAGUAAUGAGGCAUGGACAGAAAAUAUACCCCUCACAUCAUCGGAUUGAGAUGGCAGUCGAAAUAGCUUCAUUGAAGUGUCAGCACUCAUCCAUCAAUCAAUCACCCACAAGGAAAAAUAGCAACAGUACAACGGGGCGGCUUUUAUGGGAUUUACUCAUGGGCAUAGGGAAUAGCGGCUCAAAUGUAGUUCUGACAUGAAAAGCAAGGUGCUGAUAUUAUUUUUUAUGAUGGGAGGAUCAUAAAGUGAAUUGAGAACAGCGAGGUCUGUCUUUGCUUAACCUAUUCAACCAGAAAUGAAUGGAACUCAACUGGAAAGGAACAGUCUUCAGAUGGGUUAAGAUUGAAGGGUGGACUCUGCCGAGCACUGUCCUUCAACAACGAGAUUCUAUUAAAGGAAAAUCAAUGCAUUAGCAUUGGUGUUCCUGAAGCUGUUAAAAAUCGCCUGCUUCAACCCAGGGUUGUUAGAUAAAGUUACAUAAUUCAGAUCCUACUGCAACCAUCCAGAAGCAAAUUCGGAGCUCCUGCUCCAGUUAGGGAGAAACAAUUGCAAUUCUAAACCCUUUGGAAAUCGUUUUCUAAGGAAAAAAAAUAAUAAAUCAUCUGCUUCCUCAUAGAAUCUAUAUGGCAAUUUCUCUGGUGGAAUGGGGUGGGAGGCAAGAGACAAAAAUAUUGAUAAAUUUGGUAAGACUCAUGAAUCCUCACUUGGCAACCGGGAAUGUCACAGCUAAGGGACAGGUGUUAAUGUUCUCCUUAGAAAACAAGAUCUGGGCUGGCACUGAGAUACAUUCCGCUCUUAGUAUAAUUCUAGAGGCCAUGUCUGUCUUCAUUUGGCAAGCCCUGUGAGGCUUCUAGAAAUUUCUUCCUGGAGAGAAGAACUAAAUAACAUUAAUUCAAGAGAAUAGUUUUACAUGCUUUUGUACCAUUUCCUUCCUUUCUCUGAAUAAUCCUAGUUCAAAAAAGCUGGAGCUUCAGAAGUGGCAGAGAGAAUGACAUGUGAAUAUCAUUUCUUAAAGCUCUGUCCCAGCACCUCCCCUUGGUAUCAGGGACAGUGAGAGAUUGCCUUUCCUUCCCUAUCCCUCCUUCCAGCUAAGGCCAUCAACCAACUGAAAACUGAAAUGGCCAUUAAAAAAUCACAAAUGUUUGCAUCUUAAGUAUUUGGCUCCUUUUGUAGCUCAGCAAAUCCAACAAAUCUAUAGUGUGUUAAAAAGCACCAGCAGCACAAAACACAACAGGGAACACAAUUUAUUCAGCAAAUUCACCCCACAGAUCUGAUCAGGUACCCAUUUUGUGCCCAGCUCUGUUCUAGGUGCUAGGAGUUGCCAUGGUAGACACUGCACCCAACGACCCCACCCUCCCGUCGCUGAAAGCAACCCAUCCAGGCAGCCGACACCAGAUGUCUACCUGGGGGCAGAGUCCACAUAGGAUCAGAAUAAGAGUAUUUCAGCAUAAGGAGUUUUCCCUCUGAAAAGCAUUCAGGGAGGAAAUAGCUUUAAAAUAUGUCAAAGCCUAAAACAGAAUAUAAUCAUGGAAUAAAUUGGAGACCCCAGACAGUCCCCACAAAAUUUCCUUCAGGCUGUAAAUAGAUCUCUUAAAACUCACCCCAAAACAUGCCGGCUCAGUUGUUUGACGCUUGCAUAACUAACAUCUUAGGCAAAAGCCUCUGAACUUAGCUGAAAUGCAGAAAACAGACAAGUGCAAUGACAUGUUUAGGGGUAACUGUGUUGAAGCCGUGAGAUGUGUGUGAGGAGUGUGUGUGUGUGCACGUGUGACAGACACACACGCGCAUACAUGUAUAUGAAGGCCGCUGUUGUUUUCCAUGCUUCAUGGAGAGUGCAGCAGUGAGAGUCUGUGAUUUUCUAACACUUUCUGCAGUGAAUCCAAAGAUCACAGGCCCCACGAGGCACCUGCAUCCUGUGGCUUUUCUAUAACUUCCUGAAUUAUUUGACUAUGUUCAAACCUUCUUUUCUUUUUCAUCAGGAUUUCAUUUUUUUAAGUUUGUCAAGUGUUUUUGCCUUUAAAAAGACAUUAAAUGUGCCCUUUUCCACAUUAUUUUCUCAUCUCUGCAACAAGAAAUGGUAGUGUAUAGACAAAUGCUAAAAUAAUAACAAUAAUAAGGAAAUGUAUUAAAGGUUUAAACCUACACACGCAUACACAUAUGUAGUUCUACCGAGCAAUAAAAGUAGUAUCUAUUUUGAACGUGCAUUAAGCACCAAAAAAAAAAAAAAUCAAAGCUGAACUUUCGGUUUAUUUUGUUCCCUCUGUGAGAUGUUAAAAUGCUAAUUUCAUUUUCUCCCUUCUUCUAUGUGGCAUUUUUCUCAAAAUAUCUAUGAAAUACUUUUAGACAAAGAUUGAGCUGGAGAAAGAGAUACAAAUUUCCAUCCCCCCAGACAUAGAGAUGUGUUUCCAUUGUAGGAAAGCAUUAAACAUUUUGAAACUUGUGAAUCAUCUUUAGAAUUUCAACAGCGGAAUUUUACCUCUUCAUCCAAAGUAAAAGCCACUUAUCUCCUUUGGUUUCCUGUGACAGAUUCAGAGGCAGACGCAGAUAUACAAUUUCCAGGCUCUAGUUAAUCUUCUUCCAAUAGUUACGAACAAUGGGCUAACGGGCGUGGGUGUUUCUCCAAAAAUUAUUCAUGCGCAAGGCAGCCCAAAGCUUCAGGGAAAACUAGAAAUGUUUUAUGGAUUAGAAUAGGCCUGUUUUAAAAUGCUAGUACCAGGUGGAACGCUAUUUCUGCAACAGGACUCUGUCCAUUUCCUUUGGAAAAAUAUAUUCCAAGUAAAAUGGCUAUUCCAAGGAGUGACACCCUGGCUUGACAGCGUUUGGCACACAAAUGAUCUUACCAAUAGCCAUACAAUUAUCAUUAAGGCCUUUUACCAUACAGUCUGUUUAGAAAAGACAGAUCAAAUGCUAACAGCCCGUUGUAUCAUGUUUAUUUGCUUAAAACAGCUUUUGAAAGUACGAGUAAUAACUCUUUCGUGAGAACCCCCCAGGAGAAGUUGGAAAUUUUGAAGAAAUGCAUUGCUUAAAAAAAAAAAAAUCUAAGCACUCCCUUCAACCCUUUCAGAAAAUAAAUUUAAGUGUGCUCGCUGAAUUAUCUUGAACCUGAACCCUACACUUGGACAUCAGUCCCCAGGCAAUGGCUAAUAUUUACAGAAAGAACAAUCAUGCGAUUAUGUCGCAAGUGAAGACUGUGCCUGGUUAUAUUUUCACUUUCUAAAUGACUCAUAUAACAUUCAGAAAUUAUAAAUGUGUAUGCAUUUUUUAAGUACACAAAAUCCCACCAGUCUGCAAAGAAAAAGUAAAACCUACGCCUGUUCUGCAUUGAGAUAAAUACUACAGAAACAUUCCAGUCCUGCAAUACAAUAUUUUGGCUUCACAACACGUCAGAUAUUAAAAGCAUGCAACACAAGUCAAAAACAAUGACCAAAAAAAAAAUUGUAUUUGGAUCAGAGUUUUGAAAGGUCAUAACAUCCUGGGUUACAAUAUACUUUUUGGUCUCUGACGCUAUCCUUCUAAUCCCUUCUAACUUUGAUUCCAAACAGCCAAGCACUGUCAGGGAGUCAUAAACUUCCAAGCCCCUUUUAAAUCAGGAACACAGCCAAUCAGAAACAAUCUUUAUCUGGGCAGCCAGUUCCUGCUCUGCACGGCUUUUGUAACAUUUUAGGAAAUCUGGCAUCAAACCCAUUACAUUAUAUAUUUGCCCCCUUGCAUGAAGUCUAGAUUUUGAGUUGUUUCUUUUCAAAAGGGUAGUGGAGAAAAUGGGUCAGAGUGAGCUUCAAGAAUCACAUUCAUCCUUGCUCUGAAGGAAAGUGUUUACUUGCCAGAGAAGAAAGGCAAACACAUUUUUGUAUUAGGAAAGCAGACCAGUCGUUUUCAAAGGAAAAUGGCUGCGACCAUACUUGUACAAUGAACAUGUCCGUGCAAGCGCACUAAUUUUCUACCACCUGCAUGCUGUAUAUAAUACACGCCUGUAUACUAGGAAGGAAAAUCGGGCUGUUUUCCCUGUGUACCAUGCAGCUUGGAUGGCUGGGAAAGUAAGCCUGCGUGCAUUUUUAUACUGUACAUAUUUGUAUAUACUAACGAUAUCGCCAUGUAUGAACACAGAUUUUGUUCUAUCUGCUUGUUUCUGUUUCUUACCAAACUGGUCCACAAUGGGAUUCUUUUGUAUCGAAAAAAUAUGCUUGUGAUUUUUUUUUCCUGAUCAUUCUCUUUCGAUAGCUUAUGAAAGAAUUAGAUCUGCGUUUACAAAGAAAUGAUAAGAACCAUGUAUGUCCGUCUGCAUGAGUCCUGUCCAAUUGCUGGAUCUAGGGAGGAACCAACGUCCUAAUUCAGAGUUUUCCUUUCAAGGCAUGCUUUACCCCGUGGGAAAACUGCAAACUCAUCCAUGUAGAAUUUUCCUCUUUGUAUUUUAUCUAAUAGUGCCUGAAAAUUUUUUUAAUGUCUUCUUAGAGGAAGAAUUCAUAAUUGUCAAAAUUUGAAACAUUAGCUUAAUUUUGUUUUUAUGACCUCGAGAUUCUUCUCCUUAUUUAUUCGGUUGCUGUUGUAAUGGGGCCCCAGGCCAUUCCUGACAUCGAUGUGUUCUUCUUCUGCAUUAAGGAUGUUUUUAAAAUUACAGAGAUUAUUGAGCCAAUAGGCUGUUUUAAUCAAAACCAUGUUUCACUUGUUUUUGAUGAUUAUAAAUUGUCCUUGCAAUGAGAAAGAAAAAAAAAAAAAAAAACUUUUCUGCUAGGAAGAUUAUACCACCCUGUGGCCAAACAGAUUCAUCACAGAUGGGUGUCUAUGCCCACUUCUCCGGGAUCUGGAACAUUCUUCCCCUGGCUGGCCACAGUUUCUUGCACUCCCCAUCAUCCUGUCAUUAGUUCUCAACGCAGUCACUGUUUGCAAAUUUCCAAAGGCCUUUUGCCAUCUUGUCACUGCCCAAAGACAACAACCCUGCUGGAAGUGGUGUCUUUCCAACCUCAAAGAACGCAGGGAGUUUUAGAAAAGGGGAUCCUUCUUUCAUCCCAGAGUGCCUCCAGCUUGUCAUCCCUCCUAAUUAGAUACAAUUUGGUCUUAAUAUCCCAUAUAACCUCAAUCAGAUCAAAAGCAACACUGGGACCCCCCCCCCUUGCUGAAUAAAAAACGAGUCUGAGAGCACUUAACGGUGUGAGCUUGUGCGAGAUACUGCAGCCCCAGAAUCGUCUGUAGCAGGAGAGGGAUUCUCAUACAGUUUUAUCACUAGGAAUAAAUUCUGAUGGUGGAGAUGGAGAAAACCCUUAAAUUAUAUCACAAAAGCCAUUAUUUUUUACACCUAAAGAGUUUUUUUUUUUAAGGAAAAUCAUUCUACUUUGAGAACUGUAAUUAAAGCCCUAAAUAAUAGAUGCUACUUCUUUUAGCUAUUGUGAAAAAAUAACAAUACACUCUCCAAGGUUGUAUGGACCCCCUCAUUUCCAUCAGAAAGGUUUCUAUAUUAUAUUUUUAAACAUGAUAACUCUUUCCUUUGUGGUGAAAAAAAAAAGUGUUGUUGUGUUUUUGUUUUGGUUUUGUUUUUGUUUUUGUUUUAUUUUCCAUUCAGCAGUUAUUGGAAAUAGACUGUUCCCAUCUGAAACCUUAUUAUAAUUUGCACCAGGAAACCCAACUGCCGACACUGAGGAGCUGGGUGUGUUCAAUUAUGACUUUGCUGGAGGCUGUCCCUCGUUGGAUGCUGCAGAUGUUGAACACCUUUCUGAAACCCAGCGGAUCUGACACCGCUGAGACGCCCCUCCACACCAUUAGCUUGGCGAACGGCUUCCUUCCCAUCAAUAGCGACUUCCGCUUUGGCCCUUCGAAGAAAAGGAAAAUUAAAGGAGAGAAGGAAAAAACAAAAAAACAAAACAGAUGCACUUAAAACAUGAAAAGAAUUAUUUAUAUGAUAAAAAUAUAUUUAGAUUUUCAAAGCACAAGACUGAAUAGAAGUGCUCUUUUUAAGCUUUCUGGAGAUGUUACUGUUAAAUGUCUUUCUACAUCAGGCUUAAUAAAUCUGUAAUGACAUUUGAUGGAUUGA